AUGCUAGAUGCUGAACAUAAAGACAAGCUUCCCAUUCCCAAAAACGACAAAAACAUCUACACUCGCGGUUCGAUUGGAGAGCACAAUGUUGUCAUCGCGUGCCUUCCUGAAGGCGUCACCGGUACCAGUGCAGCGGCAACCGUGGUGAAGGAAAUGUUAAGGACCUUCCCGAACAUCAGAUUUGGCUUGAUGGUCGGUAUCAGUGGUGGCAUUCCCAAUAUACCAGACCACGACGUUCGCCUCGGAGACGUUGUGGUUAGUGUGCCUCAGCAAACCUAUGGAGGCGUGGUCCAGUGGGAUCUGGGAAAGGCAGAGCAGGAAGGCUUCAAACGGACUGGAUCUUUGAACCGCCCGCCUAAUUUGUUACUUUCAGUGGUCACCGAGCUCAGAAAAUGGCAUGCAAUGAGAGGACCUCAAAUUCCAAGAUACUUUGACGAGCUUGCGAAAAAUUACCCACGGUUGGCUCCAAAGUACCUGAGGUCAGAAUCUCUCAAGGACAUCCUAUUCGAAUCCGAGUACCACCAUACCCAAGGCAAGCCGAACAACGAUUGCCAGCUCUGUGACCCCAUGAGGACUUUGAGCAGAGAGCCACGAGAGUCAGAGAUGGAAAUCCAUUACGGAUUAAUAGCACCAGGCAAUCAAGUAAUUAAGAACGCCAUGAGACGGGAUGAACUCAACGACAUGUCAGGUGGAAACCUUUUGUGCGUUGAAAUGGAAGCCGCUGGGUUGAUGGACAAUUUUCCUUGCCUUGUCUUCCGAGGAAUAUGUGACUAUGCAGACUCGCAUAAAAACAAGAAGUGGCAGGAACAUGCUGCCGCUGUUGCGGCUGCCCAUGUGAAGGACCUUCUACAGGAAGUGCCCCCGGCAGAUGUGGACAGCGAGCGGGCUGCAUUGGAGGUUAUUCAAGAAGGUCGGUUCCUCACCGUUUCCAUGAAACGCCUUGCUGGCCUUCAGUUUCCCUCAACCAUUUGA